CUUCACUGAAACUCAACCUCUCACCCUAACAGCGUGGGUUUUCCGUCAGUGGGGGUGUUCUGGGGGCCGUUUUUAAAAAAAAAAUUCUAGUGAGAGGGGUGAUGCUGUUCUCCGUUCACUGGGAAUGUAUUGACUGAGGAUCCAAAGCUCAGCCUUCCAGCUGGACCCUGCUGCUGCUGCUGCUCUGCUCACUGCACGGGGUUUAAACCAGGACACAAACACCUGAGCUCUCCCUGGUCGCUCUAUCUCAGACCCGCCCUCCAAAAUAAAACCAUGAGGGUCUUUCUCCUGCUUUUCCUGCUGGCGAUGGGCAAUGCCAAACCCUACGAGCCAAUCAAUGUCAUGGAAUUCAUGAAACACUAUGAUGUCAUGAUGGCUGAUUCAGCCGAUGAAGACAGCGAAGAAGACGACGAUGAUGAUGACGACGACGAUUAUGAAGAUGAGAGCUGUCCCGCUGACUGCCGUUGCUCGCCAAGAGUAGUGCAGUGCUCCGACAAAAGUCAUAUCUCUAUUCCUGAGAAGAUUCCUGAGGACACUGUGAUACUUGACCUCCAGAACAAUUAUAUCACUGAGGUGAAGGAGAAUGACUUUAAAGGCCUCAACAAGCUUCAUGGCCUGUUUCUGAUCCACAAUAAGAUUUCCAAGAUUCACCCCAAGGCCUUCAGAAACAUGGAACACCUCAGAUUGCUGUACCUCUCCUACAACCAUCUAACUGAGAUCCCAGCAAACCUGCCGCCCAAUGUCAUCGAGCUCCGCUUCCACGAAAACAAGAUCAAUAAGAUCCAGAAGGAUGCGUUCAAAGGCCUGAGGAAACUGCAUGUGCUGGAGCUGGGCGCCAACCCUCUGGCCAACACUGGGAUUGAGUUAGGAGCUUUUAACGGCUUGUCCACUCUGUACAUCGGUAUUGCAGAGGCCAAACUAACUGCUAUACCAAAAGACUUCCCUUCUUCCAUCACAGAGAUGAGCCUGGACUACAACAAGAUCACUAAGGUGGAAAUAGAAGACUUCAUACGAUACAAAAACCUGCAGAGGCUAGGACUGGGCUUUAACCAGAUCAAGUUUGUAGAAAAUGGCAGCUUAGCCAACAUCCCGAGCAUCCGUCAGAUCCACCUGGACCACAACCGCCUGAAAAAGGUCCCACCGAACCUCGGCUCCCUGCGCUACCUCCAGGUGAUUUACCUCCACGGCAACAAAAUCAGCAGUGUGGGAGUCAACGACUUCUGUCCCAUGGAGCCCAGUUUCAAGAAGAACCUGUACACAGGCAUCAGUCUCUUUGCCAACCCUGUGAAAUACUGGGACAUCCAGCCAGCCACAUUCCGCUGUGUGAGCGGACGGAGAGGCGUUCAGCUGGGAAACUUCAGAAAGUAGUUGGGAGUACAAACAAUGCGCUCAGAGAGAACUAGUAAUAUCCUCCAAAUUAGAAAUGAGUUGAAAACAAAUCUGGAUUCUUAAAAUAAAUCAAGACAUUUAUUAAAAAGUGUUGCACAUGUAGAAAGUGUUUUUGUAGCUGAAGAUAAUAUACAGGGGGAGGAAGUUAUAACUUGCUGUACAUUAUAAUCACAUUCAACACGAGUGCCCUGCUACCUUGGUGAGGUUUCUGUGAGGGGAUUCUUACGUUUUGUCAGUCACCUUUUUCUGUGUACACUUUUCCAGGAAUAAAGCGCCUCCCUCUGGUACCAUUAGAGCUCAACAACAGAAUCUGCUGGCUUUCUAAAGGUUUUAAGCCAUUUCCUUUCAAGUUAUAAACAUUUAACAUAUCAAAUUCAAAAGUUGUUUUCUAAACCUCAAAAAAACAUACUCAUUUUCUGUCUUAUGCCAUAUCUUUGCAUACUAUAUUCAUGUAUUUUUUAAGUUAAGAUAUAUUAAUCAUCAUAGAAGAGUCACUAUAUGGCCAGAGCAUAACAUGACCCUAAAAACCACUUUCACUUUUUCUUUCCAGCAGAAGUCUGUACUGGCAUUUUUAUUGAGUGCAAUAAGACACUUUGAAGCGGUCUGUAUGUGGAUGUUUUAUAUUAUCUCGCUGCAUGUCUGUAUUGUCUUUGUUUAGAAGCUGAAUGCUUCAUGUCAGGCUGGAUCUUACAUGUGUAAGAAACCUAAAACGUCAUUUUGUUUUAUUGAACUAUAGCAAACAAGUGAACUAGAGUAAUUAAAAUGAUAAGCAGGUAAUACAAUUCCCAAGCUGAGAGCAUCUUCCUUUCAAACAGUUUGUUUCUUCCAAUGCUCCUCCUCUGAAAUGGUGCUAUAUUUAUUGAGUUUGUGAUCUAAUAAACCAGGAUACCCUCCCCUUG